AGUUUUGCAGAACACUAACAUGGCUCAAAGAUAUUUCGAUAUGAUCGUUGAGAAUCAGAACUAAGACUUCAUGAAAAUGCUCUACAUCUAGAAGAACAUCCUGAUAAGUAAAUUUAGAUGGACAAGAUGCGACGACUUGUGACAGUAGCGGCAGCUGCGACCUAUGGUCUACAGGUUGAGACUGACGUGGAGGAAGAGGAGCUUCCAGCCCCUAGAAGAAGGCCUAGGAGACAGCACUUUGAAAAUUAUGAGAAAAACCUUCGUUUCCUUGCUCUGGAGGAAAAUUAGUUUUCUUGAUCCAUCUUGUUUUAUCAAUAUGAUAAGAAGUGAACAGGCCAAUACAACAAAGUUUCACUUUGUCUUGGUACUGUUCAGCUGAGGGUGGAGAUAUUACCCUGUCCCUUCUAAUCUACCGCAUUCAAUUCCAGUAGUAGCAUCGCCUUUCUGCAGACAGCGACGGUUGUGGAUAGUGAAGGGACUGCUGAUAGUGCCAAACAAGAAGGAUCAUCGAGUUCAAGUAGGGAACCAGCAUCUAGUUCCUCAACAUCCUCGAUUACAGAGGCAGCAGCAUCCGCGUCUUCAACGACAGCGAGUACAGAGGCAGUAUCGUCCUCGUCAUCGUCCUCGUCCUCAUCAUUUAAGACUGUAGUUUGGGAAAAUGUUUAGAGUACUUAUACGUAGCUAGAAAAUGUUUCGAGGAGCAUCGAGUGUGUAGAAAGUAGAGCGUCCACAAGAAUGUGUCAUCUUUUGUUGCGAAACCCUGGUAAUAUUAAUAUAGAAGCAGCUUAGUUGGUCGAAUAGAUCUCUUUUACUAGGUAAACAAGUACAAAUUCUAACUCAUCAUUUUCCUCUAAACCAUCGUCCUCAUCGUCUUCGGUAAAGACUGCUGUGUCAUCGACUCCAUCUCGAGACGGGAAGGGUGUGGCUCUCGCGGAAAUCAACACAGGCCAGUCUCCUUUUAAGGGUAAGUAGGUUAAAGGCGUUUCUGUUGCCGUCUGUUGUGUCUCUCCUAAGGGAGACAGGCAUAACAAACGGGACACAGAAACAACAAAACCCUACCUCUAAUCCUUCCGCGUCUUCCUCAUCACCGCCACAAGGUAUGUUGAUGCUGGUGAUAAUAUUAAGGUUCAAGAACAUUCAUUUCCAACGGUCAUUUUCCUCGGUUUCCUUCUUGGGAUUCCGAAGAAAUGAACCCAAGAAAUGAAUUGUUUUGAGCUCUAAGAUAUCCCAAGUGAACAACUAGGAAACCUGUAGUUUAUGUAACAAUAUGAAAGAACCUGAUACAUCUCUAACUUAGUAUAUGGAGAUGCAGUAAAGAAGUCCAAUGAUGGAGCAGCAGCGGUGCUUCAAGAACAUGCAGCAUUGGUUUCCUCAGGUGCAGAGGCGAGCCACAAUGGAGAAGCAGACCAUGCAAAUGCAGUUGUCGUGAAAGACGGGGCGCCAGCGACGACUGUUCAUUAAGGCGAGAAGUCUCUAAGUAAUUGAAUAGUGGGACAACAUAUUCAUAUUAAUGGAGUAAAACAAACGGUUGGUUUUUCAGCCUAUUCUUAGGUGUAUCCCUUCAAGCAAUAUCUAUGGAGUAGAAGUAAGGAGAUGUAAAUAGAUCAUGCACUCAUGAAAUCAAUACAAUAAACAGAGUAAAUUGCUUCUAAGUAGAACUGACUGCGGAGGAGGCAGAAAACAGGAAAUGCCUCUAUCGCGAGAUGUUCACAUGCGCGUUGCCUGCCUUAAGGCUUCUUCUUUAGUCGUUCUUUGUGUCUUUCGUUUUUUAUUUUUCCACACCUCUGUUAUCUAGUCGUGUUUAAUUGCCCCCGUACUUAAUGAAUAUUCUUUACACAAACACAUAUGCUCCAGGGCUCAGGGCUGAAGGCCCCCCGGUCUAACUUUUUGAGGGGAGGGCCUCCAGCCCCGCACCCUUUCUCUCGAGGGACGGCCGUGCGGAAAGGCCUCCAAACGCCCACCUUCGCGGCCUCGCGGUGUCUUGCCUAUACCCUACAGAGCCCAAACUCCUGGGGCCGUUCAAGCACCGACGGCCGGGGGGUGGGAGGCGUCCGAAGGCGGCAAAGGUGGCAAGGCUGGACCCCCUUGCCGUGCUGCAUAUACCCGACAGAUCCCCAAGGCCGUGGCGCCUGUACCCUACAGGCCUCCCGAGUGCGGGCCCCUCACGGGGGGAGCCCCUUGGGAGGUUGAAGGCCUCCGGGGGCCGCAGGUGGCAAGGCUUGACCCCUUCUGCCGUGCUGCAUGUAUCCGACAGGGCCUUUCGGGCGCUUGGUGGCGGCUGGCGCUGCGACCGAUUUGGGGGAUGAGCGACAAAGGGGCCAGGCCUCGCGACCGUGGCCGCAUUCGGCGGCCUUUCUCCCCCGGAUGCCGUCCCCCUGAUAGGGUCCAAGAGUCGGGACGCCUGUGGGGUACACGCGGAGAGCCGCCAGGGGCCUCCGGCUCCGCCUUUUGAGGCCUUCGCCCCCAAAAGUCCUUACAUGUCACCACCGCGGAAAAAAGGGCGCGCGGACGCCAUCCCCGCUCCAUCCACAGGGGGGGCCUCCUUCCGCGUAUUCUUUCCCUCCUCGUUGUGCAGGGUCCAUAACCCAGCCUAACCUCUUGUUCCCUCACAUUUACGCAUUUAAUGGCUAUUGAAUUAUUGGAAAGUCUUUUCGGACUGAGUGGAUUCAAACUACAGGAGCCUGACGGGAAAGAGAUGAUGUACUACCAUUUAGAAAUGUUUUGGUCUUCAACGAUGCUAGCGCUAAUAUCUUCCGAGAAUACGCGAUGCACAUCGGACUACUCGCAGUCAAGACCGUAUAUCAAAAUUUUAUGCGUAGGGUCAGUAAUGAUUGUCAUUGUUAAAGUGAAGCACUACAGAUUUUAUAGUACGCCAACGCCGUUGUACUAAUCUACUAGCGUAAGUAGAGUGCUUGCCGGCGGCGCAGUCGCUGGGAUUAGUUCAGAUUCACUAGUAGUGAUAACUACUACUUUAUACAAUUUUUAGUAGGUUGUGGUUGAAAGGACUACCAAGGACACGGAUGACUGAACAAAGUCGACUCAACUAGAGCAUCGGAUGAGAUUGUUGUAAAUGGUGUUUUGAAGGAUCAUCACAAUCACUUCUAAAAGACGAGUCUGUGGAGAGCGGAGAGCCACCCGAGAACAUAGCGCUGCGACUGUAUGUCAGCGACCUCCUGGGCGGAGCCAGUUUGAUGGUACAUAGCUGUGGAUUUAGAUCUCGGCGCUAUCUUAAACCGGUGUCGUACCACUCCUUAGAAGGUACUCCUUCACUCGAUGGCUGCAUAAGUAGACUGACGCAGUGGAAGUUGUUCAUGAGUUGGGUCGCCUUCCCUGACUUUAGUACUUGUAGUUUUUGCCGGUCGUCCUCCCGGUUUCUCGUCCAGUAGAUGAAUGUCUUGGACGUGUAGACAGUAGGACAAGAAAAAUAGCUACACAAGAGGUGCCUGACAUGACAUCUGAUAGAACUGGGCCACAAUUUCCUGGAUGAAAGCAUCCUUUCUUGCAGCAUGAAGUAUGCUAUCAGCACUUAUUUCACAGUACAUGACUACCAUCAUUACCUUCAUUACCAUCCCUACCAGAUGUUGCCAGUUUUGAGGGGGCCUUGUAAGGGAUACUUGCAAAACAUAGUCCCCACGAAAGGGGCAAGCAAAGGCAGCUUGCAUUUAUGGUCAAUCUACUUUUUAGAAAGAAAUCUGACACGCAGAAGAUCCACCUUAGGGAAGAUCCAUAGGGUAGAGAAGAUAGAAAUCAUCCGUCAAAUAAUGUGGAUUUGAAGAAAGAGUUACUCUAUCAAGUGUGUUAACAGUAGUCGCAACGGCGACCAUAGCACAAAACACACGAAACCAAAAAAAAAUAUCCGGCGAGAUCGUACACGUUGCCCGGGUCGCAUCAAUACAAACGAACAAGAAUGUUAGUAGUAGAUCUACUUAGCAUCUUUUCUCAAGAUGUUACGAAUGGGAACCACUCUAAUAUUUGAAAGUCUAGCGCGCACGUGGACUGAAACAAGUGACACCCUGUGGUUUUGUGGACCAACACAGGGAUUGCAGGGGGUACUGUAUCUUCUUCUUGCCAAGACAUAGACUGAUUUUUUUAUCGAGUUAGUGAAGUCAAACAAUCUAUUCCUUUCAUCAUCUUUAUUGAAUUGCCAGCUAUUCGUAUAGUACCUGCUAAAACAAAGGAAAAAAUGGAAUACUUACCCUCAUCUAAGUAAAGUGUUCAUCUUCAUUGUCAUCAAAUUGAAAGACUGAUCAUGAUGAACUUCAGAUUCCAUACGGUACGAAUCAGAAGACCGGUAGUUUUUUGCUUUUGUCGGUGAGGAAGAUCAGAAUUGACCUUACGGAAUCAACCACAGAUUGUUGUAGCGACGCAACCAAACUAAAGACAACAGAACUAAACAAAACAGAACUAAACAAAACAGAACUAAACAAAACAGAACUAAACGAAAGUAAACUAAACACAACUAAACAAACUGUAACUGAACGAAACCAAAGUAAACUAAACACAAGUAAACUAAACUAAAGUAAACUAAACACAACUAAACUACACUGAAAACGAAACCCACCUUCCCUAUGACCUCGAAAGAGCUGCGACUCCACUAAAUGAAACACCUCCAAUGUUGUAGUUAUUCCCGUCUGAGUUUUGGGUUAAUUGAAAAAUCUUCUCCAAUGUUAAGCUAUUCUUGUAUGAAGACCUCUCUUCAUCGAUUCGGAUACAUUCACAGCUAACGUCCCUAAUGUGAGUAUUAUGUACUUGUCUCUCCCCAUAUCAGGCUUCACGCUUCCUCUGCUUGUCCUCGGACCGCUUCAGGGACUGUUUCAUCUCACCAAUGUAGGAAAGUCAUUUGAGGCACACACAUGAUGACUUAUUUGUCUCUAACGAAAAGAAUGGCGACACGAGUGCGGAAGACAGGCUCGAAGUGGUAUUGUGGGACCUAGCAAACGUCGGCUCCAACUCCAAGGACAACCUUCAAAAAUUCAAGGUAUUUUUAAUAAGUACUCUAUCUUUAUUAUUCCUUGUUCUGGUUUUUGUUUUUUCUAGCUAGGUGCGCCACCACAAUUUAAUACUCUCUGGCUUUUGGUUUUGCGUGACAAUGAUUUUAUCUCCUUUUUUUUGGUUUUUGUUCUUUCUACUUACUUUUAGUUAGGUGUUCCACCACAAUUUAUUCCCUUGCUUUUCUUGAUUCAGUGCAGACGAGAGUCUCGGAACUUUUCAUCUCCUCUGAUAUAGUAUAUCGGACCAAAAUAUCUUCCUCUCUGCAUAGUAUCGAUUUCUAUCUUCCACUUUUGACAAACACAUCUUAUCGCACCACAACAGAAAUUUGUCGAGUCGAAGGCCAAAUUACCUCGUGAGCCCUACGUAGUUGUUAAGACUUGUAUGAAUUCUUUAUUCCUGGACACUACCACGUGUUAGAUAAAUGAAUGUAAUCGUCAGCCCUUCCGAUGUUCUCCUCCUGGACCUUGUGUAGUCACCACAGUAGUAUGUGCCUGACUGCUCGAGACAAUCCUAAAAAUGCCCCGGAUGAAGCCCUUGAAUUAUUAUUACCCCGUUAUUGCGUACAGACGCUAAGAAAGUACUACUCUAGGGGUCGAUUUGUAGGUGAAGGAUAGCUUAUACGAAAAAAGAAGUCCUACGUACGGUACUUAUAUUGAAUGUAUCAGGUGGACUAUAUUUUUGCGGUAGAUCAUGACAGGAGACGGUUAUGAAUUCCUAGUAGACAGUACAGUAUUCACUUGCAAUAGGGUUUUCCUCUAACACUGUCGAGAGCACGGCGGGUAUGCCGGAUUGGUCGAGUGGAAUCAUGGCGAGAACGGAGUUGCUUUAUUCUCCCUCCAGCUGGAUGUGGCGUGACAAUGCUGUUUUUACGGACUCCAUCGUGGCGAGAACGGAGUUGCGUUAUUCUCCCGAAGUACUUAGAGCAGAAUAGAGGGGAAAAGUUAGUUGAUGAGCGUGAGUGGAUCAGUUCCAUAUUGAGCGUGCUAAAACUCGAUUGCUUCUUCCUUGGUGCUUCAGUACAUUCCCGAAGCUCCUCUUGCCGACAGGUCGGAUUCGAUGUAUACCUCUGGACUGGGUACACAACUACCACUACUACUACUCAGUGACUUCCUGAUCACUAAUUGAUGGGCUUAAAAAAUAGUGAUCAGGAAGUCACUGAGUAGUAGUAGUAGUAGUAGUGUACCCAGUCUAGAACUCACUUAAAUAUCUUAUCUUGUUGAGCUGUAUGGUGGUCUCCUCUAAUGCUUGGGGCAACAUCGUCUUACGUUACAACACUGGGGAGGAAAACUACAGUACCAUGAUCAUCUAUUAUGUUAGAGAGAGCAGUGCCUCUACCUUUAGUUUUUGAUUGGUCACAGGAUCAAGCAAUACGAGAAUCGGCGAGCGGUUUGUAUGAAGAUGUGGCUGUCUAAGGUUAUAUCCUUCAUUUUCGUCAUUUAUUACAACUUCUUCCGAGAUGCUAAGUACUCCUUUUCUUUUGUUUACGUCUUUCGAGAUGCUUUUUAUGCUACUCCGCAUAUUAUGGGUUGUAACUUCAGAUGCCGCACUGAGCGUUCUGGAUCUCGGGUGGCCGCAGCAAGCCAUCUCACUACUUAUGGACUACGUACGUGCACGUGCAUCGUUGACAAGGAAAAGUCUAUUGAUUUACAACAUCAUAGAGGAAGAUGAUUGUGAUCAGCUUGUGAAGGUGCCGGUCUGCGUAAAGGUUCAAGGAAAGAGUAAUCAGUGGACUCUCUUCCUAGCCGCGCAUGCGACCAGAUCUGUGUAACUCCGAACAGAAGUCCGCCUUAUAUAUAACUCUCGUGAAGUCGGUGCACAUGGCACUUUGGCUUGAUCGGCAAUUUGUCUACUAGGCAGUUAUUGCACCUUAGUAGAAGGAGGUUAACAGAGUCCACCCGUCGCCGGCAGGCACGCCGGAUAUCACUAGGAUCACCCUUCCGGCGGUCUUAGCCUAUAGUCCUCUCCGAUAGUUGUAGUUUUUGGCCGUUGUGAUACGGUUUUCUUGCUCCCCCGGUAUGUAAGCUUUCGAAAAAGAGAGAUCGAGGUCCCUGAGCUUGAGCUUGAACUUGUGCAUUGUUGACAAGGAAAAGUCUAUUGAUUUACACCGAAAGAACGACUUGUGGAAGGUGGAUCAAUUCCUAUCCUCUCCACUGGGACAUCUCUGGUUUGAACUCAGUUACACGCUCACUGCUCAUCUAAUGUGCCGGAUAACGGCCCAGACCAGAAGAAUCUAAAGCAGGCCGCGGUCAGCGAAGCUACACCUACGGCGUUCAUCACAUUUCUCGAACCAAUUUUCAUGCCCAUCCAUUUCGUCGUAGCAUUGGGUAUGUGGAGUAAUCCUCGAAAAAAAAACGCUACUGACUCUAUCUGCAAUAGUUCACUACUUGACAUCACAAUAAUUGUUCUCGCCUUUUUAUAAUCCAAACUCCGUAUAAUUUUCUCUAUUCGGUUUUCAACUCUUUAUCUUUGAGUUCCUAAGUAGGUACCCCGACUUUGUUAUGUUUGCAACUUUUAUUCCUUCUACUCCGUAUCAUCUUGAUCUAAGAACUUGGAUAAAGACAGCAUGGCAAUGAAGAUUUUCCGGGAGAGAGGCAAAAAUCCUAGUAGCGCCUUUUUGGAGACAGGGUCUGUUAAGAAAUGUUCAUUUUGAAGAUGUGGCCUAAAACUUUCAAAUAAGACUUAAACAGAACUAUUAGUAUCGGGAAGGGGAGGUCAGAUCUGAACCGACUAGGAAAAAGAAGAACAACUAAAUGCAACAAUUAACCUAACCUCUUGUCAGGCAUAUCAAUCAAUCAACUAGGAGUGGGUACAUUCAUUCAUUCACUCAUUCAUUCAUUCAUUCAACGGCAAUCCCUACCUGCGUCUCCCGUUGCUUAAGUACCGCUUCAUCAACAAGUCGUAGUAACAGAUCAAAUGUGAAUGAAGACUGUCUAAAGAAGCGAACGCAUAGUAAUUUGUAGUCUGAGCUACACUAUCCUCAUCAUGUCUCUAACGGCUGCGUGGUGAAGGUGCCGAUCAAGAAGGCAGCAGGAUGGAUCGCGCAGGGCAAAGGAGCAUGGGUGUUGCUGGAUCGUGCUGCGUUUUCCGUUGGAGGCGUGCUAGUGGGCUUCUUCUUCUCCCGCUUCUUACGGCUUAAUUUGUCACUAUUCUAUAGUAGAGUUGUUUCAGACUUGACCAGGGAGAGUUAGACAUUAAACACCUGACCAUGACCAUGAUUGCUUCUUAAGACUCCGCGUCUUCGUUCACACUAAAGGAACAAAUAGUACUCAUCUGGUGGGGAAAAAUAAAUAACUUUUUUAUAUGACACACAUCAUAUCAAAGGGUAGGCAGACUGCCGAGUAGAUUCGCAUCAUCAUCAUAUCAAAGUGUGGAGACCAAUACCAAAGGGACCAACGGGAGAAUCACGCCAGUGAAAAACCAAAUCUUCUUCUUCUAAGCAUCUACGGAGGCAACGCAAAUGAAAAGUUGUAA